UCUCCACACUGAAAUCAUGGAUACUGCAAUAUUAGCAACUCUUUUACUCAUUUCUGCAAUAUCGGUUAACGGGCAGAUUAGCACACCAUGCACGACGUCAAUGCUCAGCAGCUUCACCCCAUGUUUUAACUUCAUUACCGGAAGCACCAACAACGGCUCAACACCGACAACGGGCUGUUGUGCUUCGUUGCAGACGCUGAUGAGCACUAGCGUGGACUGCGCUUGUCUUCUUAUAACUGCCAAUGUCCCUGUUCAACUACCCAUUAACCGAACUCUAGCUCUCUCCCUCCCUCGAGCCUGUAACAUGGCCAGCGUGUCCGCUCAGUGUAAAGCCUCUGGUUCUCCUCUACCUUCUCCAGGUCCUAUCUCAUUUGGACCAGCUCAGCCACCUCCAUCUAUAGCGGCUUCUCCUUUUAGUCCACGGGCUUCUAAAGCAGAGGCUCUAGCUCCGGCACCGGAAUCUGAAACACCAGCAUCUCCACCGGUGGAAGCAGAAGCCCCUACAACAACUAGUACUCCAGCAAAACGACCAGUGCUGACACCAUCGACAUCUGCUCCAUCUUCUGUAUACCCAGCACCUCUCCUACUACUACUUCUAGGAGCUAUGAUUUUUAAGUCAUUCUAAUUAAUUAAGUAUCUUCCUUCUAUAUGUAUUUGAUUUGAUUUUCUUUCUUUUUCUGGAUUGAGAUAAUAUAUUUGUUUUAUGUUAAUUUGUUUGGAGCUCCAUCAAUGGGUUAAGUGUUGGGUGUAAUACUGUAAUAGAUAUUGUGUAUUCACAAUCGACUUA